AUGAUCAAGGACCAGAUCGAGCGUUCUGCUAGCAUGCUACACGAGGUGAUCUUGGUAGACUCUCUAGUCGGCACCGACGAUGCGUCUGGCUCUGCUUUCCCGGCUCUCGUGGAUGCGGUCCUCGCCUAUUCCAAUCGAAUCCAAUCACUUACAAUCGCCUCAAAUGUUCUAUCGACCGAUCGUCGCCAGCGCAAGAACGUUUGGAGCGGUGCUACCUACUCUUUCCCCAACUUGGUCGAGUUCAGACUCUCGCUUCCUGACUGGCCUGCGGACACGAACAAAGCGCUCUACGACAUGGUUUGUACCAAUGCGCCGAAACUCGUCAAGAUCGACUUGGGGUCCGAACCAACCUGGAGUGCACAUAUCUUCGGCAACAUCCAUUCCCCGCUCGACCGGCAAGCGACUCCAUGGCAGCGGCUCACAUCGUUCAAGGGGCCGUUCUCUGAUCCUCAUUUCUUCUUCACUGUAAUGGCGAGAUGCCCUCAGCUACGGGAGUUAGAGGUCACUGGCUCUGGAUUGAAUCCAAAGAUCAACAAGUGGAGCGUCGAGCUGGUCCACAGGCAGCUUCAGUCGCUCGUCCUUGUGCUUGACAAGAAAUCCACUGGCUUCUCUGUCCCGUUGGAUUUGCUGAAUCUGCGCGGCCUUGAGAAGCUCACCAUCAUCCGCACCCCAGGGGCUGAAUCUAAGGUCUCGCACAUCGAGUUCGCUCGUUCUCUGCGCGGACUGGGUGAUCGCUCUGGCUGCAAACUCAAGACGUUCCACUGGUCCGUACCGCUCGAUGGUAAUAUCGACCCUUCCGUUUAUCAGCACCCGAUGUUCCAUGGCGCCAAGGAGUACCGUCCCACCACCGCCAAUGUCCCUGCCACCACCCGUGCGCAUGGAAGGGAACGUGCUCUGUCAAGACUAUGA